UUGAGCUACCGAGAGCCGUGGGCAUAGCCUGGAAUCUCCUGCAAAUUUGGCACCAAAGCUCUGGACCCUGCUGCCUGCCAAACUGCACUCGACCGAUCAUGACGUUGCCCCCAGCUUUAGGGGGUGCCGGACCACGGCGGGGCAGUAUGCCCUUGCCCAUUAAACACCAGCUGAUGAGAACAUCCGCGGUGGAAGAACUGGACUCUCCCCCAAGCUCACCAGAGGUGAGCAGCACUGGGGGAGCCAGCCCAGCAGGAGGCCGUGGCCCUUACAAAGUAAUGUUACUCGGUGACACUGGUGUGGGGAAGAGUUCCUUGGCAGCCAUCUUUGGAGGCCUGAAAGGAAGCGUCCAUCAUGAGGAAGAGCACGCAGAAGAUUCCUAUGAACGAAAAUUCUGCGUAGAUGAUGAAGAAGUCACUCUGAUAUUGUAUGACAUUUGGGACCAGGGGGAUCCUGGGGGAUGGAUGCAGGAAUCCUGUCUGAAGACCGGAGAUGCCUUCCUGAUGGUUUUCUCUGUGACCGAUCGCCGCAGCUUUACCCGGGUGCCCCCUACUCUCUUGCAUCUUCGGGCAGAGAGUCCCCGGACUGAUCCCCCCAUUAUCCUAGUUGGGAACAAGAGUGACUUGGCACGAUCCAGGGAGGUCUCGCGGGAGGAGGGCCGCAGCCUGGCCGUUAUGAUGAACUGCAAGCACAUUGAGACAUCAGCCGCCUUACACCACAACACUCAAGAGCUUUUCGAAGGUGUUGUACGCCAGAUCCGACUGCGCCGCCAUCGGCGUGAGGGAGACGGUUUCAGCGGGGAGGGAGCAGGAGGCCGCCGCGAGAGCCUCACCAAGAAAGCCAAACGUUUCCUCUCUAGCCUUGUGCCACGAAAUGGACGCUUCUUCAAACAGAGGUCUAAAUCCUGCAAUGACCUUUCUGUGCUAUGAUGAGCCUCAGUUUACCCUCGAUAACUUCCGAGACCAACAGCCAAAAUGACAAGGAAUGACAAGACCCCACAGCAUGUACUUUGGACCCCUCCUGCACCAAGCUCGGGAUGACAGCCAUAUAGACACAAGGGUGGUACAGUUCUCAAGACUUUCAGAAGCCCCCUUGGCUUGACUCUCUAGUCAGCUUCAGUGCAUCACCAAACAAGUUUCACACAUUUUGUCCUCCGUCCAACCUUUAGGAGGGCCUUUAAAAAUGCCAGCCCUAGAGAAACCUUGAAGAUGCUCGUCAAAGGCUUUAUACAAGUUGGAGAGAACCGUUUGCUCUCUAGACUCUCGUGCCUCUCAACUUUUGAGAUCGCUUUCCUGGCACUGUUGCAAGAGAUAUU